AAAUUUCAAAGGAGGAGAAACAAAAGCGAAAAAACUUAGAACAUAACCUUAGUAAAAUGCAACGUAGUCUUCACGUGACUGCUCACGCUCACUACGUAUCUUCGGAAUACUACAGAAAGUGGAACGUUAGACUUCAAUACAUGUCUCUUGUGGUAGGUGCAGGUGGUGCCACAGGAGGCUUAGCAUCAACAUUCAAUUGGAAAACGUUUGUUGGACAUAAUCCUCGCCUUGCACCACUCGUCGCUGCGUUUUCAGCAACUUCAGCUAUCCUAUCCGUUACCAUACAUUUGUUACCGAAGAUCCAGAGUAUGCCUGCAAAUCUAUAUCAGAUGCACUUUAACUCUGGAAUAGAAUGCCAGUAUCUCGAAAAAAAGGUAAAGUUUAUGUCGGAGACCGAAGUUUGGGAUUCCAAAAUACCGUGGGCAUCUCUGGCAUCAAAGUACGAAACCCUGCUCAGGGACAAGAAAGACGUGGAUAGCGUGAUACAAACCGAUUACUGGGCUUACCGAAAAGCUUUAAAGCUAAUUGAGGAAAGAGAUAGAGAGAAACGAGACCAAAGCGUAAGAGUAGGAGAAGGAACCAUACAAUGAGCCCCAGAAACUUGAGAGAAUCGUAAGCUGAUCUGUUUGUUACCGCAUAUGUAAAACUCACAACUACUAAAGAAACGAAUUGAAAACCAAUUUCAGAUUUACGCAAGGUACGUUUCGAUCGAUUUAUUUCGAUUAUCAUUUGUAGCAAGAGAUUAUCUUCUCUUGUUUAUAGUUAAUUUACAUCAUAACAUCGAAGUUAUAUUGGCCAUGAAUUGAAAUUGGCAACAAAAUAUAUAAUUUUUAAAUGCACCAGACGGAUUAAAUUUACAAAGACCGAAAGUACAAAAUAAAACACUAAUUCGGAAGGAAAAGCAUGACGAGCAAAAUAGUUCAGUCGGCAUGGAUAACGGUAGACUCUUUCAAUGGAUAUGGGCAGCAUUUUUAAAUCAAAGGCUGUAUAAAAUAUUUUAUGAUCGUCUGUGACACUCAGUGCGACCUCUGAGUGUGCUACAGACCGUGUUAACCAUUCAGCGUGUAGAUUUAGUGAAUGCAAAUUUUGAUAAACUUCAAGACUACUUCUUUCUGAUUGUAACACUGGAAAUAGUACACAUGAAUCAAAAUUGAGAGAAAAAAAAAACUAUUGAAAGAUAAGUGCACUACAAAUUGUGUUCCAGACCCUCGUCAGAGCUCGUCUGAGAGUAUCAUGUGAUUUCUUGCGUGAAGCAAGUAGUCGAUGCCACCAGACCAUUCGGAAGUGAGUGGAGGGGGAGGGGGGA